AUGUACUACCUCUUGAAAGAACCUCACACCUUUGCGAAGCUCAGGGCGGAGAUUUUCGAUGCUAUGGCAUCAGGUGAAGUGAGCAAUCCAAUCACUUUUGACCAGGCCCAGAAACUGCCCUACCUUCAGGCGGCGAUCAAAGAAGGUAUGAGACUACACCCUGCGACGGGCCUGCCCAUGUGGAGAGUGGUUCCAAAGGGAGGUGUGAUGAUUUUGGGGACUUUCUUUCCCGAAGGAUCAAUGGUGGAAAUCAACACCUGGGUUGCGCACAGGAAUACGAAUAUAUUUGGUCCUGACCCAGCCCGGUGUCGGCUCGAGAGGUGGCUUCCGGACAAGACUGCCCCGGAAAAGCUGGCAGAGAUGGAGCGGUACCAUAUUCCCUUUGGGGCUGGGACACGAACAUGUCUUGGAAAGAACAUAUCGAUCCUAGAGAUGUCCAAAGUCAUUCCGGAGCUGGUCAGAAGAUAUGAUUUCGAGCUUCUGUCUGAAGAGAUGAGGUAUACCAACCGGUGGUUCGUCAAGCAGAAAGACCUUCGCGUGCGUUUGAGGCGAUUAGCUCAAUAG